CCAACGUAGCUCGCCUCCGGAGAGAGCGCGACUCGGGGGAGGGCUAGGAUUUCCAUGAGGUCGCCAAUAAUGGAAUCUGGGUCUCUCCGGUAAACGAGCCAUCCCCUUUUUCCCCUCAUCUCGUCACCGAUCCGGCAAAUACCCACCUCCUUCAAUUAAUCUCACGGGAACAUUCGCUCAUGCCUCCGUGGGAUGGGGGUUAGGGUUUCGUUCGCCUCCGAUUCCACUGCGUCUCCUUUUCCCCCUUGAGCGAAUCCAAGAGAAAGAGAUCCAGCCUCUAGUGCUGUGAGUUCUUCAUGAGAUGGCUUCUUCUCAGCAUGUUGAAGUGGAGGCAGCCAAACUUUUGCAUAAACUUAUUCAAGAAUCAAAGGACGAGCCUGCUAAAUUAGCAACAAAGCUCUAUGUGAUAUGCCAACAUAUGAAAUUAAGUGGAAAGGAGCAAUCAUUGCCAUAUCAAGUUAUAUCGAGGGCCAUGGAAACCGUCAUAAGUCAGAACGGUCUUGAUAUUGAUGCUUUGAGAUCUUCUCGAUUUCCAUUUGCUGGUGGCCAUCACACGGGUGAGCUGGGACAUAUGAGAUCAAAGGACAAGGAGACAAUUGAAAAUCAAUUACCUGCAGGUGGAAUUGAUGUGCCUCGUAAAAGCAUGCCUUCUAGCUCAUGGCAAGUUGCAUCAAGUAGUCAAAUGAAGGAAGAAGCUUAUGCUGGUUCUUUUCAAAGUUAUGGUAUGUUGAAAGAUUCUUUGGCAGCUUCAGGUGCAACAGCUAGGCACGAGGUACUUGUUUCAAACAGGCCAACUACGGGAAUAAGUAGGAUGGACAGUGUGGGAGCUGAUCCUCAUCAAGGGUCUGUCUCUCAGAAAAGCAGCAAGUCUUCUGAUCACGAAAGUCCAGCUAGUGUACCAAUGGAGGACACGAGAUCUGCAAACUCCCAGGAAAGGCAUGACACUUUAAAACAAGAUCAAGUGAACAAGAAAGAAGUUAAAAAAUCUGGUGCCAAGCGAAAAAGGGCAGAUUCAAGAGCAGCUGCUGAUGUGCAUUCUGAUAACCCCCAUCGGACAGAUGUUCUUGCUGCUGGACAUAACCCAAGAAGGGGGAAGCAGGUAGAUAAAGGUGGUGUGCAGGGUGCAUUUGCUGUUAAAGUUGGUGAUAAUGAACAAGGAAGUUCUGUUCAGUAUGCUGGUCAACCAGAGCACUUUACAUCAUUAUCUAGCGGUGCUGGACCACUAUACAAAGCCAAAGCUGAAAGUUCCCAGGCUUUCGCUGAGAGGACUAUGGACAGAGUUAAGAAUUCAAGUUCAUUUCCUGUAACUCCUGCUUCAAAACUUCAAGAAGGAGAAGUGUCUUCUGCGCAUAGUGCUCUUGGGCUGCAGAAAGGAGGUCUACUGCCACCUAGAACCAAUACUUUUGGCCCUGCUUAUAUCUGGAACCAGAAUAAAUUCUCACUGUCGUCAGAAAACUCUCACGGUUCUGUUCCUGGUUUUGUGGAAACUUCUCCUGGAGUUAAUAAUGAAGCUACUUAUACUGGAAAUGAAUCAAAAAUCAAUUCAAGUGAGGCAACAAAUGAUGGAUUGAAGCCAGUAAGGUUGCCUGCAAACAAUGCACAUGGUAUGGGGAGACUUAAUGUAGGAACAUCUGGUGCUUUCAGCUCUUUUGCGAUGGCAAAGAUGGGUUUACCUGUGCCAGGACAUUUUUCAGGUUCACCGUUUGAGGGUCAUGAGUUUGCUUCAAAAAUGCACUUACAAAGGAGCUUUGAGGCCUCAGGUUUUCAUUUGUCAGAAAAAGGCAAGGACGUGAUUGCUCUCAAUAGUGGCGUUGAAUUCCCCUCAGGUGUUUCUGCUAAAGCUGCAGCUGAUUCAGAGAUCACGAAAUCUGGCAUCAUGAGAGAUGGAACAUCACGAUUUUCUGAGAGGUUUUCGGAAGCCCAGGGAGGUGGAAUUCAAGAGCGACAGAACAGGGACAAUGUUCAAGUGAAAGCUGAGACAAUUCAACAGGGUAGUCAACAUUUCUUUGUGAAACCAAACUCAGAGGCCAGAUUAUAUGGUGAACCAAGAAAUAAUGCUGAAAUAACUAAUCUAAGAAGUGCAACUCCUAAAGAUGUUGGACCAGGUCUAGUGUCUCAAGCCUCUGCUUCUUCAAACAUGCCUUUUAAGGAGCAGCAAUUGAAACAGCUUAGAGCUCAGUGCCUUGUAUUUCUUGCAUUCAGAAAUAAUUUGAUGCCUAGGAAGCUACAUCUUGAAAUUGCACUUGGGGGGAGCUACUCCAAAGAAGGUGGCAGUGCAGAUGGUACCAACAAAGGCUUGAGUGAUGGCAGGGUGGCAGAUACAUCUUCAAAGGAGCCUGGUAACAGUCAUGAGAGCUCUGUUAUGUCCUGUAGAGCUAAUGAUAUUGUGAAAAUACCACCGGGUACUCCAUCUACUGAAAGCAUAGUGGAGACAGACUCAUCAUCCAAGGAUACAGAAAACACAAAGAAGAAGAGCAAGACAUUCCCUCCAGUUUUUAAACAAAAAACUGAUUCUGAAAUGAGGAUUCAGGAAACUGCAGAAUCAUGUGCAGUGUCAAUCAUGCCACAAGAGCCAGACUCUAUGAUACAUGCUGGAAAAGGUGCCUCUGGCAAUCAUUGUGAUAGGGAGGGUCCAGAGAAUGUGAAUCAACAAGCUGCCUGGACAAACCACAUUACAUCUGUCUUAGGUGGCAAUAAUCCACCUCCCAAGCUUGAGGGGACUGUUGCAACUAGAACCAGUAUUUAUGAUGACCCUUCUAAAGAAUCACUGGCAACUUUGGUGGUUCAUCGAGAAGCUUAUUUUAAUCAAUCUCAUAUCAUCGAUAGCCAUGAUGGUACAGGCAAGUUAUUUAAGCCAGAUUCUCCAAUGCCAGAGUCCAACACACUGGCAGAUAAAUACCAGCCUUCAUCACUAGUAAAAGAGCAGAAUCCACGGAUUAUAGGAAGUAAAGUUGAAAACCUCAAGCACAUGGUGAACCCUUCAAAGGAUGUAAACAUGUUUUUCUCUCAUGUUAGUCCUCCAGAAAAGCUUUCUGCAGCUUCUGAGUCAAUAAUCUCUAAUGGUCUACCUAAUAUUUAUGCUGGAAGUAAUGGGCUGAAUGAACAGAGAGGUUCUGUUAUCCAAAAGCAGUGUGGUUCUGAUGGAUUCAAGACUUUGUCCAUCAAUGAUACGGUAAAACAUGGAAAUCUGGAGAUAUUGCUGGAUAAAUCUGCUGAUCAAGAAGAGGGGAACAAAUCAUCAUCUGAUGAGAUUCCUUCUUCUCCUCCAAAGUACACUACCUCAGAAAAGUGGAGUAUGGAUCACCAGAGAAGGAAACUUGUUGAAGAGCAAAAGUGGGCACUAAAGCAGAGAAAGGCUGACGAAAGAAUCGCAGCAUGUUUUGAUAAGUUAAAGGAAACUGUGAGUUCCUCAGAAGAUAUAUCUGCCAAGACAAAAAGUGUUAUUGAAUUGAAAAAGCUUCAACUUCUCCGGCUUCAACGUCGUUUACGCAGUGAUUUUCUGAAUGAUUUUUUCAAACCAAUCACAUCUGACAUGGACCGUUUAAAAUCAAUCAAGAAACAUAGACAUGGAAGGAGAAUGAAGCAACUUGAAAAAUUUGAACAGAAAAUGAAGGAAGAGCGGCAAAAGCGAAUCCGUGAACGACAGAAAGAAUUCUUUGGCGAAAUAGAAAUCCAUAAAGAGAAACUAGAGGACGGUUUCAAGGUCAAGAGAGAGCGCUGGAAGGGUUUCAACAGAUAUGUGAAAGAGUUUCAUAAAAGGAAGGAACGAAUACAUCGAGAGAAAAUUGACAGGAUCCAGCGUGAGAAGAUUAAUCUACUAAAGAACAAUGAUGUGGAGGGAUACCUGAGGAUGGUUCAGGAUGCAAAAUCAGACCGUGUUAAACAGCUCCUCAAAGAGACAGAGAAGUAUCUUCAGAAGCUGGGUUCAAAGUUACAGGAUGCCAAGGUGAUUGCAAGGCGGUUUGAGAUGGAGAUGGAUGAUGGCCGAGCAGUGAAUUUUGUUGAGAAGAAUGAGGUUUCAGAUGACAAUGAAGAUGAAUGUGACCAGGCUCAGCAUUAUCUGGAAAGCAAUGAAAAAUACUAUAAGUUGGCUCACAGUGUAAAAGAGAUAAUAAAUGAGCAGCCAAUUUCUCUUCAGGGUGGAAAAUUGCGUGAGUAUCAGAUGAAUGGUUUGCGUUGGUUGGUCUCCUUGUACAAUAACCACUUGAAUGGGAUUCUAGCAGAUGAAAUGGGACUUGGAAAAACUGUUCAAGUCAUUGCACUGAUAUGUUAUCUUAUGGAAACAAAAAAUGAUAGGGGCCCAUUUCUUGUGGUAGUACCAUCAUCUGUACUUCCUGGAUGGGAAUCUGAAAUCAGCUUCUGGGCACCUGGUAUAAACAAGAUUGCAUAUUCUGGUCCUCCUGAAGAGAGGCGUAGGUUAUUCAAAGAAAUGAUCAUUCAUCAGAAAUUCAAUGUUCUUCUAACGACUUAUGAAUACCUGAUGAACAAGCAUGAUAGACCAAAGUUAAGCAAAAUUCAUUGGCAUUAUAUAAUAAUUGAUGAAGGUCAUCGCAUUAAGAAUGCGUCCUGUAAGCUCAAUGCAGACUUGAGGCAUUAUCAGAGCUCUCACCGCUUGCUCUUGACUGGAACACCUCUGCAGAACAAUCUUGAGGAGCUUUGGGCACUUCUUAAUUUCUUGUUACCUAAUAUUUUUAACUCAUCAGAGGAUUUCUCACAAUGGUUUAAUAAACCAUUUGAGAGUAACGGUGAUAGCAACCCUGAUGAAGCUUUACUUUCUGAGGAGGAGAAUCUUUUGAUUAUAAACCGUCUUCACCAAGUUCUUCGACCUUUUGUACUUCGAAGGCUGAAACAUAAGGUUGAGAAUGAGUUGCCUGAGAAAAUUGAAAGACUUGUAAGAUGCGAAGCUUCUGCUUAUCAAAAACUUUUAAUGAAAAGAGUGGAGGAGAAUCUUGGUUCAAUUGGAAAUUCAAAGGGUCGUUCUGUACAUAAUACUGUGAUGGAAUUGCGCAAUAUAUGCAAUCACCCAUACCUCAGUCAACUUCAUGCUGAAGAGGUUGAUACUUUAUUACCUAAACAUUAUUUGCCUACUAUUGUGAGACUUUGUGGAAAGCUUGAGAUGUUGGACCGCUUGCUACCCAAACUCAAGGCAACUGAUCAUCGGGUUCUACUUUUCUCCACAAUGACAAGAUUGCUUGAUGUUAUGGAGGAAUAUCUGGCUUGGAAACAUUAUAAGUACCUUCGCCUGGAUGGACACACUUCAGGACAUGAACGUGGAGCUCUCAUUGAUGAAUUCAAUCGUCCUGGUUCAGAAUGUUUUAUAUUUCUGCUAAGUAUUCGAGCUGGAGGAGUAGGAGUAAAUCUUCAAGCAGCUGAUACUGUUAUCAUAUUUGACACUGAUUGGAACCCUCAGGUUGACCUCCAAGCACAGGCAAGGGCCCAUAGGAUUGGCCAAAAGAAGGAUGUACUUGUUCUACGGUUAGAGACGGUUCGCACUGUAGAGGAACAAGUUAGAGCUGCAGCCGAGCACAAACUGGGUGUUGCUAAUCAGAGUAUAACCGCGGGCUUUUUCGACAAUAACACAAGUGCUGAGGAUCGAAGGGAAUAUUUGGAAUCUCUCCUUCGGGAGUGCAAAAAAGAAGAGGCAGCUCCUGUUUUAGAUGAUGAUGCUCUCAAUGAUCUCCUAGCCCGCAGUGAAUCUGAGAUCGAUGUUUUUGAAUCUAUUGAUAAACAAAGGCAUGAAGAAGAGAUGGCAGCAUGGCAGAGAUUGGUGCAGGGAAGUUCAACAGAAGGUCUGGAGGGGUUACCCAUGCCUUCUCGUCUUGUUACAGAUGAGGACCUGAAGCCUUUUUACAAAGCUAUGAUGAUAUAUGAAUCCUCAAAUGUUAAUGUAAAAAGAAAAGGUGAAUAUCUUGGGGGCCUUGACACACAGCAAUAUGGAAGGGGUAAACGGGCUCGUGAGGUCCGCUCUUAUGAAGAUCAGUGGACAGAAGAAGAAUUCGAAAAGCUUUGUCAGGUUGAUUCCCCAGAGUCACCCCAACCUACAGAAGUACCAAAAGAUCUGAGUGCGACAAAAGAUUCAAGUGGCCCUAAAGUGAGUUCUGUGGAGGUGCAAUCAUCUUCAUCAAAAAAUCCCUCGGCUACAUCCAAAGAGUCAUUGCAGCCAUGUAAGGAGGCACCACCUCCAGCAAAACGGGGAAGGGGUAGGCCAAAGAGAGCAGCUACAGAUGUCGCACCAUUCCCAGCUGCUUUGCCAACAAACAUUAUCAGCACACGGGAAAUGGGACCUCAGAGAGAAAAUCUUUCUGUUUCCUCUACAGCUACUGUUGUAGAUCCUGCUUCUACAAAGGAAACUACUGGGAAUACACAGCAUGAGGUUGGUGUAGGAACUUCUGCUUUUCUGCCAUCACCUGGACCUGCUGUCUCAGUUCAAGCCAAGGGUCGGAAGACUCAGAGUGGAGAAACACCUCGAGGGCGUGGCAGAAAACAGAAGUCCGUGUCUUCUGCUGCUGGUGCUCAAGCUAAUACAGUUACUGGACCUCUAAAGGGUAUUGAAGCAGCAAAUAAUAAAUCUGCAAUUUCUGCAUUUGCCCAAGAGAGUCCAGGUGUUGAUAAAAGUUCAGGAAUUAUGAAUGCUCCUCCUAUGGGUUACCAAGUUAACCCGAUUUCAAGAUUGCAGAAAGUUGUUGAUGUGACCUCUGGCAGAGCCUCCGCUUCAGCACAAGUGCCAGAGAAAUUUAAGAACAUUUUACCUGCUGUGGACAUGGGAGUAGGAAGAGGAAUUCCAGCCCAUGACAUCAAAGUAGCUUCUAUGGGAAUGAAAUGGACAACAAGUGCGGAUGAUAUGAGCUUGAUGCAGUCAAAUAUGCAUGAUAAUGUGAAAGGUGUUGUGGUGCAAGCUGGUCCAGGUCAAGUGGUUGUGCCAUUUGCAUCUGCUGUGCCUGUGUUUGCACAUGAUUUGAAAGAGAAGAGAAAUCAUAUGGGGACAGAUGUGGUAUUUACUGAUAAGCAUAAACCAGCUGAAAUACAAGAUGAAUCUUCUCUUCGAAGUAUCCAGAAAAUAACAUCUGGUUCUGAUGUUAAGUCAACUGAGAAGCAGAGCCCAACUGAGAAACUAGAUGAUUCUUCUCUUGCAAACACCCAGAAAGCAACGACUAGUGUUGAUGUUAAAUCUAGUCGGAACCAGAAGGCAAUUGAGAAACAAGAUGAUACUUCUAAUCAAAAUGUCCAGAAAAUGAUAACAAAUCCUAAUGUUAAAUCCAGGGAUAAGCAGAAAUUAGUUGAAAAGUCACAUGAUGCUUCACUUCAAAACGUCCUCAUAGUAGAACCUCAUAGUGAUGCCCUUGCUAGUCCUGUCAGUGGUGAAAGUGGUGACAAAGCCACCCUCAGUGCUCAGCCACAGUGCCUGACGCCUGUUGAAGUCAUCAAACACCACGAAAAUGUAAACCUUGACAUAGCGCCAGCUAUGAUGUCUGAGAGCAUGAAGCAUGGAGCAUGUCAAAGGCAAUGCUCUCCAGUCCCUAAUAUAACCCAAAGAGUAUUUGAGACCAAAGCUUCAGUUACAAGGAAAAAGGCCACUGCUCGUGAACCAAGAAAUAGAAGCAAUUCAACAACAGCAGCUUGCGAACGCCGUGCUCGACUUGCAGGAUUGAAGCAGGCAGAAGGGACAAAGAGAGUGGAGAGUAAGGGAAAAUCUGUAAAGGCGGUCACUGUGAGAGAGAAACAGGAGACUGACAACAUUAAAGCAUGUACAUUUGGCACCAUUUCUGGUUUGGAAGAGAAAUUGCCAAAGAUUCAGGUCCCUGUUACAGUUUCUACCCAGAUGGAAGUUUCAUCUGAAAAGUCAGGACCAUCCAAACAAUGUGACAGGCACUCUAAUAUUUCUGCAAUUGAAGAAAGAGCUGCCACGUUGAGUGGUACAACUCUUGCACCUGCCAAAUCAGAAACCAAAUUGGUCCAAGAUAAUGUGCUUGGUACAGAUGUUGAUCUUAAAAAAUCAUCAACCCCUGGUGUAAAUGAAAUUUUGCUAAACAUUAUCGGCUCAUCUUCAACCAACACAGAAGCAAGGGAUGUUACAGGUAAAACUUCUUUUGCACAGACGGGGCCUGAAUCAUCCACAGGAGGUGAGAACGGUGCCUCAUUACAUGAUCCUGUGGAAUCUACAUUGAAGAACAAUGUAGAUAUAAAACUUGAGUCGUGCAAGGGUAGAACUGCUGUAGACAUGGGGGAGUCUAUGAUUUUGUCUUCAGAACCAAAGGUUCUUGCAAUAGGCAAAACAGUUAAUCAACUAGCAAACUUACCCAGUGAGACUGCCUUACAGCAGCUGUGCACAGGAAAUACAUCUCAACCAUGCCAAGCAGAUGGCGGACCUGAGGUUCUCAAACCUAAUACUAAAGAAACUUCCUUGUUGGAAAGUGAACAUGUGAUCUCCACAGAAAUGUGCCCUGUGCAUCCAAGUAGCUCUGUCAUCCCACCUGGUGUUGAAUUUGCAGAGGAGAAAGAUGUGGAGGUUGGUGAAAGUCCAUCUGAUUUCAUCUCUGUGAACGUUGGUGAAUGUCCAUCUAACCUCAGUUCUGGAGUUGCCAAAGAGAAGGAAAAAAUUGUGGAGGUUGGUGAAGUCCCUCGUGUCUGUAAUCAAGUUGUGCGAGACAUUGCAGAUGCAAGGCAAAGUGACAAUGAAAAUCACCUUUCACAGAGUUGCACAGAAAUGGAAUGUUCCGUACGUCCUGAUUCUGAAGUUAAUACCUGUCUUUUGAAGCAUGAGCUUACUGUUGAUGAGGAAAAAGCAUCAAUGGAUCAAUCUUGUUUAGAAAGUCCGAAGAUGCAGGCUGGUGACGAACCUUCACUGCCUGUGAUAGCAGAUGUGGUUAAGGGUGAAGAACCAUCUCCAGAAGUGGCUGAAACAGACAUUGGAAGCAAGCCAACAUGUACGUCUAAAGAAAUCUUAACAGGGUCUAUCACACAUGAUGUCUGCCCAGCAAGCAUUUGUGCUACUGCUGCAUUAAAUGAUAACAUUAGCCAUAGUGAGUCAAUAACGACAGAACACCCUUUCUCUGCCUCUAUUGCAAGUAAUGUUGCGUGCAAUGAUGAGCAAGCAUCUGAAGCUAGGGUUACUGCUGAAUUUCCAAUUGGUGAGCCAACUGAAUGUGAUCCUUCUGCAGGUAUUCCAGUUGAUCAAUCCAUGACAGGAAUGAAACAAGAUAGCUCUGCCAGCAAGUAUGGUUCUACAAAGGAAGCUGUUUCUCUGGCUGAAAUUAGCAAUCAUCCCAUAUCGAAUUGUCAUUCAUCGGCAACUGCUCUACCAGAGACUAGCAUAUGCAGGGCAACUGAAUGUGCACUGGACAAGCAAGAAAACAAAUGUGGUGUUAGUGAAGUGGCUGAAACAGGAUCUGUUGCUACAUAUCAAAAAUCUGAUCCUAUUCGGAAUGCUAACGACAUUGAAUGCACUGCAAUCGAAUUGUCAGAUAACAAAUGUGGUGUUAGUGAAGUGGUUGAAACAGAAUCUGUUGCUACAUAUCAAAAAUCUGAGCAUAUUCAGAAUGCUAGCGACAUUGCAGCAUGCACUGCGGUCAAAUUGUCAGAUGUUUUACAUGUUUCAGGACAGACCCAUCAACUGGAUCAGCAAGUCGACUUGCCUGCUAAUAUUAUUCAAACAUAUAAUUCUUGUGAAACUUCCAUUGCUAAAGAGACAGUAGAUUGUUGUACUGGAUCAAAUGGUGGUAAUGUUUCAAAUUUGCCUAGUGGAACAUUGGAGAGAGAUGGCGAGCCUACCAACAAGAGCUGUAGUGACGAUCCAAUGGCUGAGGGUCCGCGUAAAGAGAUCUCUGGUUACCGAAAUGAGGACCCUGAUAGUAAAAAUAGUGGUCCUGCGGAACUGAAUUGUUCUAAAAGCCAAACUCCAGGUGCAGCUCCCACGGAAAUCCAUGAUUGAAAAGAGACCAUAUGUGGACAGAGCAGUAGAACUUAACACAGAAUAUGAGAAAGCAAUGGAGAAAUUAGAUGAAGAAAAUGAGAAGUAUGUGGAGCCAUUCUCUUCCUUUUAAUGAUGCGCAGCUCUUUUGCUAGAGUAAGUACAUUUCUACUUGUUUCCUAGGGGGAAGGAAAAAGAACAAAAAGAGGAGUCUGAAAAAGAAGAAGAUUGAGGGGCAGAGGAUUUUGAUGUUGGAAUGGUCUUGGUGAGAGUAUUUGUUUUCUACCUGUAAAUUUGGAUGUAUUUUGUUGAUUGGACACAAGGGCUUUGUCCCUGUGAAAUAGUUGGUUACCUUUCAGUAAGCAAAUGUGGAAGCUAUUUUAAGUUGUUAGCCUUUCACUUAGAUGGUAUUUGAUGAUAGUAUCUCACUUGUUAUAUGGCAUGCCAGCUUUUUUCCAACC